AAUCACAUUAAUAAGCCGAGAAUAAUCGAGAAAAAACAAAUUUUCGCAAAAACGUGGCGACGCACACACUGUCUUUUUCGCGCGCACUAAAGAACUUAGUUUUAGUAAGCCGGGGUUCCCCGGGACAACACAGAGUUGCGUUGGAAGGGUUGUGGUAGGGAGAAGAGUAGCGCGAGCGGAUUGGUAUUGAGUCGUGUAUAUGUAUAUAAAGGUCGAAGAAGGUUACAACACAACUUAUACUUCGUAUAUGUUUCUUUGUCAUAUCAAAUAAAUUUAGACGGUACCGGCAGACUUACAGACAGAAUUAAACCGAAAAUUGUUUAAUCAAGUUGUGAGUGCUAUAGUUGUGUGCAAUAACUUUUGUUUAAUUAUAUUGGUACCAUAUAAGAAUCUUAUAACCUAAAAAAAUGAAAAGAGGCCCCUAUAAACAAUGGCUAUCGGAAGACGGACCAAUUCCCGAAUCAACCAUCCGCUCUCGAAGAAAAUUAACUGAAGAUCAAGUUGCCACUGAGAGUCCACCUGAUAGUGUUCGGAGUUCUGAAAACAACAUUUUGCCUUCAUCAAGUAUUGAAUUCAGUACAGUUACUGAUAAUAUUCAAAAUGAUAUUGAAAAUGAAAGUGACCAAUCGGGCGACUUUAGCGAUGAAGAGGACGAAGACCUCUAUUACGAUGUGAUUGUUGACAAUGAUCUCAUAGAAUUUGAAAUUAACGAGGGAAAUAACGAUUUCGUGGAGAUCGAAGGAAACUUAAGAUUGGCUGAUAUGCGAGAUAAUGGUGAUGACAUGAGAAGAGAUGAAUGCAACCAACAACAACAGAAUCAAGAGAGGCUGCGUUUGUACAAUGGCUGUGAUAUUACAAAGAGAGAAAGUGAACUUUUGAUUUUAAAUUUCACGAUCCGGCAUUCUAUAAGCGAUUUGGCGUUAGAGGAUUUAUUAGAACUGAUAAAUUGCCAUUUACCAAACGCUGUAUAUUCCUCAAAGUAUAUGUUUUUAAAACAGUUUGACUCACAAAUUCCCAUUAAAACACAUUAUAUUUGCCCAGAAUGCAAAUCACUAUUGGUAUUUGUUAAUAAAGUAAUCAGUCGAUGCGAAAUAUGCGAGUGCAAUUAUAACGUGAUCGAUUUAAAAAAUAGUGAUAAAUAUUUCUUCACUAUCUCAUUGACAGAGCAGUUAAAAUCUAUAGUCAAUAGUGACUUAUAUUUUCAAUUUCUUAAACCAUCGAAUGACGACUCUGAUGUCAUAAACGGACAAGUCUAUCAAAAAUUGUUACAACAAAAUGUGAUAUCUAAUAAUGACAUCAGCCUACAGUUUAACACCGAUGGUGUUAGGAUGUUCAAAUCGUCUGCAUUGUCAAUGUGGCCGAUACAAGUUAUGAUAAAUGAAUUGCCCUUUGCAAUUCGCAAAGAAAAAAUAAUGUUAUGUGGGCUAUGGUAUGGAUCAGAAAAACCAGAUAUGAAUGUUUUUCUUUCUGUUUUCACCGACGAAUUGACAAAAUUACAUAACGACGGUAUUGUACGAUCAAUUUCGGGACUACCGGAUGUGAAUAUAAAAGUACAUACUCUAUUGAGUACCGUCGAUUCUGUUGCUCGGCCUCUUUGCCAAAUGAUUCAUCAAUAUAACGGCGAAUAUGGAUGCUCAUUUUGUUUACACAAAGGUGAAAGAAUUGAAGUUGGAAAAGGUUAUGCCCGAGUCUAUCCUGGUCCGGUAGGCCCCAAUCGAACUCUUGAACAGCACGAAGCAGACGCGAGACAAGCUUCAAUAGAUGCGCCUGUCAACGGUGUCAAGGGAUUAUCCAUAUUAAUGUUUAUUCCCUUGUUCAAUAUAAUUUCUUCAUUCAUCCCAGAUUAUAUGCACUGCAUUUUAUUAGGAGUAGUGAAGACAUUGGUGAAUGCGCUAUUUGAUUCGUCAAAUAAUAAAAAAAAAUUUUAUAUCGGAACACGAAUUAAAGAAAUCGAUGACAAAAUAUUGAGGAUAAAACCUCCUUGUGAAAUUUCACGUGUGCCUAGAUCAAUACAAGAUAGAGCAUUGUGGAAAGCGAAUGAAUGGAGAAAUUUUAUAUUGUAUUAUUUUAUUCCGUGUUUCAAAGAUAUAUUACCGCUCGCUUACCUAAAACAUUGGCUACUCCUAGUGUCCAGCUUACAUUUACUUCUGAAAAAAAAAAUCACCAACAACGAACUUUCUUUAGCUACAAGAGCUUUGAAGAAAUUCGUUUACUUGAUUCCAGAGUUAUAUGGACUAGAGUAUGCCAAAUUUAAUAUGCAUUUAUUAUUACAUAUACCAGCAUCAGUUAAAAAAUUUGGAGCUCUAUGGGCUACAUCCACAUUUCCUUACGAGAAAUACAAUGGAACGUUAAAAAAACUAUUUAAGAAUACUCAGGCCAUUCCAGAACAGAUCUGUAAAUCAUAUCGCAGACUGUGGUCCACUAACGAACUGAGCUCUUCAAUAUUUUCCAAUAAUGCAUGUCCCGAAAAUAUCAAGAAGUUCUAUGAAAAAUUAGUUGGUUAUUUGAAAAUUAAAAAGUGUAUGUCAAUAGGCUCAGACUUACGUAUUUUUGGUGCACCGAAAAUUAUCAUACUAACUUUGAUUCAACAAACAUCUGUUGAAAGAUUAUUGAGGGUUAGCAUAGAGAAUAAAGCAGUCUUGUACGAGCGAUUCAUUUUCAAAAAAAUAUUGUACCACGCAAAUAUUUAUAAUAGGUUGAACAAACGCAAUAAUUCUAUUGUUAGAUUAGAGGAUGGAAAUUUUUUGGAUAUAACUGGAAUUGUGAUGGUUCGUCAAUUGGGAUCAGUAAAAGAAAUGCCAGUUAUACUUGGUCGAUCUUUCCAUAUCAUACGCGAUCCUGACUUGUAUAUUAUUGACCACGACCUUGGCUUAAGGUCUGGAAUGUUUUUUCAUAUCGUUCAACGAAACAAUCGACUUCUUGCAAUUUUACCUCACAAGAUAACCGAUAAAUGUGUUGAAAUCAAGCUGAAUGAUCAUUUUCAUUGUUUAAUUCCUCUAGUGAACAAAAUAGAAGAGGAUUGAACUUAUUUAAAUGGAACUGCUUCAUCAUCCUUAUGUUAUAUAUUACAUCAAUUAUAUCAUAUAUGUUAUAAAAAAUAAUAACUGUAAUUUAUAAACAAUAUGCGAAAGAUAUAAUAUAUAUAUCUUUUACGAGUGAUAUAUAUAUAUAGAGCAGCGAUGUGUUUUAUUUAUAGAAAACCUUGCAAUAACUCCAUAAGUUAUUCAUAGCGAUAACCAUCAGUGAUACAAAAAUCCAUCAGCAAUAAGGUAAUCACUAAUCAUCAGUGAAAAGAGCACAUAUCAGUACUAUUGGUGCACUGGUUCUUCUUAAUCAGUUUCCAUUAGUGAUUAUAAGUACCGGAAUCAAUUACUGAUUAGCACUAAUGACGACACUUG